CUUUGAAGCAUGAGUUCUCAGCAGCAGAAGCAGCCCUGCACCCCACCCCCCCAGCUUCAGCAGCAUCAGGUGAAACAGCCCUGCCAGCCUCCACCCCAGGAACCAUGUGCACCCAAAACCAAGGAGCCGUGCCACUCCAAGGUGCCGGAGCCCUGCCACCCCAAGGUGCCGGAGCCCUGCCACCCCAAGGUUCCGGAGCCAUGCCACCCCAAAGUUCCAGAGCCAUGUCCCUCAAAGGUCAUUCCAGAGCCAGCUCAGCAGAAGACCAAGCAGAAGUAAUGUGGUCCACAACCAAACCCUUGAGGAGCCGUCCACAGGAUGCUGAAUCCCCUCUCCCACUCUGCUCACGCAUCCUGCUUACAGUUAGCAUGCUGUCACCCUUAGUCAUAACCCCUCCCUCUAAAAAGCUAUGCACCCUCUAAAAAGACAUCUCUCACACUCACUCUGGAUGGCUGCUGAGCCUCUGAAUGAGGCUGAAACUCUCAC